GACCCAUCAUCGGUAUCAUACCGCAGCCAAGCAUCCAGCGUGCAGCAUCGAUCGCAUCACAGUGCAGUCCCUUUUCGGCAAAACCAAGUUCCAACCGGCAGGAUAACCGUAGUGUCUUCGCUUCCGUCAGUGAAAAGAAACAAUACUAAACAACCAUGAAAUUCGUCGUACUACUCGUUGCCGCACUCGUUGCCGCUAGCUCUGCCCAGAUUCGCCCACUGCCCAACCCGCUCCGGAAUCCGGCGGUGUACGGUGGUCCCGAGGCGAGCGCCGUCAUCCUGAACCAGGUGUACGAACCCAACCCGGACGGUUCGUACAUCUAUAGCUACGAGACGAGCAACGGCAUCCGGGCCGAGCAGCGUGGCUUCCUGAAGAACCCGGGAACGCCCGGCGAGGCACAGGUCAUGCAGGGUUCGUACUCGUACACCGGUCCGGACGGUGUCGUCUACACGAUCAACUACAUCGCCGACGAGAACGGAUACCGUGCCGAGGGUGCCCACAUCCCGUCCGCGCCCCGAUACAACGCUCCCCGCUACCCUGGACAGUUCUAGUAGGUGGUCAGCCCAGAUGACCCGGUUUGCGGGGGCAGGACGAGGACGCGCAAGACUGCGGGGAAAUGAUAUUUAUUAGCUAAAAGAUCGAGCUGCUAAAGAUCACUGCUACCCUUCGGUACCAACGCCGUAAUGAUACGAUGCCCAUCCUCAAUUCUUCAUCUCCCAUCCUGCCGCUCCACACCGUUCGAGGACCAAAAAACCAUUUCCAUACUGACUACGGUCACUUGAGCGGAUUCACCACCACCAUCGACAGCCAUUAGCAGCGGACCCGUGCGCAGUCCACUGUGGUGAUUGGUAGUACCUCUGCGUCCCCCCAAAACACGGUGCAACCAUUGGACGGUGUGACAUCGAAGACAUUUAGCCCUGCCGACGGACGGACGGACGGACGGACGGACCGAUCGCUAAUGAUGGCCGAUCGCAUCCAAAGCACUUUUGUAAAAUAACUUUAUACCCAUCCCGCUUGACCGGCCGCCCGCUGGCCAGUAUACUCAUUCGUUUUAUGCAUCCAUCGGUUUGCUCAUGCAGUGGAAUAUUUGUAUUACGUACCGAUUUUAAUAAAUCACGCAACAGCCUUCACAAAACAGGCCACACCGAAA